AUGGCUUCUACAAGACGACAACAAAAUUUAUGUACAAUAUGUGGUGCAAUGGCUGGUGUUUUCUUAUGUCGUGGAUGUAAUAAUAAUUUUUGUUUAAUUCAUACAACUGAACAUCGAAAUUUUCUUCAAAAAUCUAUGAAUGAUAUUGAUCAUAAUUGUGAAAUUUUAAAAGAUAAUAUUCAAGGACAAAAAGAUGAAGAAUAUUAUAGAUUAAUGAUGGAACAAAUUGAACAAUGGGAACAACAAUCAAUAGAAAAAAUUCGUCGAGUAGCUGAUGAUAAUCGACAACAAAUGUCAAUUAUUACACGAAAUCGUACAGGUGGUCUUAAAGAAAAAAUAGAAGAAUUACAACGACAAUUAGCAAUAGCUCGUCAAGAUGGAGGUUUUUAUGAAAAUGAUUUACAAGAAUGGACACGAAGACUUGAUGAAUUACAAAAUAUUAUUACUCAACAAAGAUCAUAUAAAAUUGAUUUAGUUAAUGAUUCAAAUCCAUUUAUUUCAAAAAUUGCAGUAAAUGAUGAAUCAAAUGUUUCAUUUCAAAUGAAUAUUUCAUUAAAUAAUUAUGAUGAAGAUGGUAUUCAAUAUAAACCUGAAGAUUAUUCAAAUAAAUAUAAUCAAUAUGAUUCAAAUAAACAUAAUCAAGAUUCAUAUUCAUCAGGAAAACAUACUCUUCGAUUUAAGAUUCAUCAAUCUGACCCAAAUAAUUCAGUUAUAUUUGGCGUUAUAUCAAAACAAAAAUCAAUUAAUUCAUUCGUAUCUGAAAAUUCAACAUUUUAUGGAUGGACAAAUAAUGAUCUUGUUUGUCUUGGUGGUGAUUUUGAACCAAAUUAUCAUGGCUAUAGAAGUGAUUUUCAAACUGGUGAUAUAUAUCAGUUAAUAAUUGAUUGUGAACAAAAAAAAAUUCGUUUGAAAAAUGAACGAACUAAUACUUCACAUGAAUUAAAGGUUGAUACAAUGAGAUGUCCAUUUCCAUGGCAACCAAAUGUUCGUAUUAUUAAUAAUUAUUAA